AUGUCUCUGCCUGCUGCUUACAAAGAUGAGAUAGUAGCUCUUGAGAAUCAGAUUCGACUCAAGAAUCCUCCCGACAUCCUUCAAUUUUGCUCCGAUUAUUUCCUCCGUCGUCUCGCCGUCGAACGCAACUUAUAUUUUAGACAACUUAUCAGUGCUGGAACAAUGUCAGGAACAGCAUUCACAAGCCCCUUUGCGGGAAACUCGAACCCCUUUGGUAUGGAGGCACCCAGACCCGAGGCUAGCAAUGGGCCGUCCGGGCCUUUGCUGAAUGUGAUGGAGGAAGAUGAGAAUGACACGAUUACUUCUCCCACGACUCCAUCAUUCGGUAUAACUAAUAUGUCAGGCGCUACUUUCCGUGGCCCUUUUGGAGGUGACGGGUCGAUAGAUGGACCCCCUUCCGCGAUGAGAACACCACCGAAUCCCGAUAGUUAUCCCGCCGAAUACAAUUUUGGUCGCCGUACUUCUGUUUCUGCCGAAUCGCUUAAGCCAGUAGCAGAUGUCAAUGAUAACUGGACACCUCCAUCAUAUCCCAAAGCUCCACAUCAGUUAGAGAGGCUAAAGAAAGCCAUCGAAGGAAAUUUCUUGUUCAGUCACCUCGACGACGAGCAAAACGCGCAAAUUCUUGGUGCUCUACAGGAAAAGCCAAUUCCUGCCAAGGGCAUAAAAGUUAUUACCCAGGGAGAUGCAGGCGACUACUUUUACAUCGUUGAAAAGGGUUCCUUCGAUGUGUAUGUCCACGACUCAGGCGCACUACAACCUGGUCCAGAUGGAAUGGGCCACCAAGUGAGCACCAUCCAAUCUGGAGGCUCUUUUGGUGAGCUGGCUUUGAUGUACAACGCGCCGAGAGCCGCCACUGUUAUUUCCGCCGAAUCAAGCUGCACGUUAUGGGCUCUCGACCGCGUCACAUUCCGUCGAAUCCUCAUGGAAUCUACAUUUGCCCGUAGACGCCUAUACGAAAGCUUCCUAGAGGAAGUACCGCUCCUAAAAUCCCUUACUCCUUAUGAGAGAUCUAAGAUUGCCGAUGCGCUGGAAACCAAAAAAUUCCCGAAGGGCUACAGAAUAAUCAAGCAAGGCGACAUUGGGAAGUCAUUCUUCUUACUAGAAGAUGGCGAAGCGGAUGCCUACAAGAAUGGCGCCACCAAUUCUGUCAAACAUUACAAAAAAGGCGAUUUCUUCGGUGAGCUCGCGCUCCUAGACGACAAGCCACGAGCAGCGGACGUGAUCAGCACUACCGAGGUGAAGGUUGCAACACUUGGCAAAAAUGCAUUUCAACGACUACUUGGACCUGUUGAGGGCCUCAUGCGGAGAACUAAGUACGUGGGUGUCAAAUCAGGAGUGGAAGAUGUGGACCCCUUACAUUCAUAG